GUGAUGAAGAAGUCAAGAAGUUUACCCAAUCACAUGCCAGCAAGGAUCAGCGGCACCAAUGAAAGUGUUUUAACCAUAAUUCUUCUCCGUUUGCCUGUGAAGUCUCUAAUCAUAUUCCGUAGGGUAAGCAAACAAUGGUCUUCUCUUAUCUCCGAUCCAUACUUUUGUCACUCUCAUACCAUAUAUAGUAUUAAAAAGAACCCCAGUUUUCUUUCCCCUUCUGGUUUCUUCAUCUAUAACUCCUUAUAUAAUCAAUUCCUUUCUUUUUCUUUAUCUAGAAAAAGAAGUAAACCUUCUUUGCCUUCCCUUUCGUUUUUAGGCCAAAAUUGUAAGAUUUUACAGUCAUGCAGUGGCCUUUUACUCUGUCGUUUGAACUGUGGAACCUUCUGUGUUUGCAACCCCACAACAGGGAAAUUCAAGAUUCUUCCAUCCGCUAAGGUGGACGGUGAAUUCUCUUGGAUAAGUCCAUUUACACUUGCUUUUGAUCCUUCUCGAUCGCCUAAUUAUAGAGUUGUUUGUUUCAAGAGGAUUAAGAAAGAAUCACCUGAACCAACAGGAAGUUACUAUUUUUUGAUAUUUAUAUAUUUAUCUGAGAUGGAUAUCUGGAAAUCUAGCAAUACUUUUGAAGUGAACAUGUGCCCAGACAUGGCUGCGGGAAUCUUCUCAAAUGGUGUUGUUCAUUGGGCUUGCCAUGAACAGUACAUCCGGUUCGAUAUGAAUGAGGAGAAGGUGAUGCUAAUGAGAUUGCCAUUUGUUUAUGUGUUUAAUAAUGAACAUUCAUGGGAAAUUGGCUGCCUUUGGCAAUGGCAUGACACUAUCUAUUCAGCUAUGAAAAGUGAGGAGAAUUUUAGUUUGCAUGAGCUGGAUCAAGCUACUUUAAAAUGGAUUCCGCACAAGUAUUACCUUGCUUCCUAUAGUCUUGCGAAAAUAGCAUAUCGUGCAGUUACGAAGGAAGGGACAGAGGCACACAAAUACGAUCGAAGAGAGCGCAAGUUCUCUGUAAUUGCUUUGGUCAAGGGAGACAAGGAAAAGGAUACUGCAGUAUUGAUAGCCAUUUUUGGCAAAGUCAUUUCCUAUAACUUUGCACGGAGGAAGAUUAAAAUCAUUCUUGACUUGGGAUUGCCGAGUGAUAUUGCGAGAGAUGUAUGUUGUAAUUGCCUUAGUGCUUAUCAGUAUGUUCAAACUCUGUCUUCUGUUUGACAGUGUGUUUUUUCUUCAAAUAGCUACAGUUUGGGUGUUAGCAUGAAAUCUGCUACUUCUUCCUUUGUGUACUUGCAUUUCUAAGAGGAACAACGUCUUCAUUUCU